AUGUCAGAAGGGGACAGCACCGGCGAGUCCAUUCAUGGCAAACCUUCAGUGGUCUAUAGAUUUUUCACAAGACUCGGACAGAUAUACCAGUCCUGGUUAGACAAAUCUACUCCCUACACCGCAGUACGAUGGGUUGCAACGUUGGGUUUAAGUUUUAUCUACAUGAUUAGAGUUUAUCUACUACAGGGUUGGUACAUCGUGACGUAUGCCUUGGGAAUCUACCACCUAAAUCUUUUCAUAGCUUUUUUGUCGCCAAAGGUAGAUCCCUCUCUAAUGGAGGACUCAGAUGAUGGUCCUUCAUUACCCACAAAACAAAAUGAGGAGUUCCGGCCCUUCAUUCGAAGGCUGCCAGAGUUCAAAUUCUGGCAUUCGGCUACUAAAGGUAUCCUUGUCGCAAUGACGUGUACAUUCUUUGAGGCUUUCAACGUUCCAGUUUUUUGGCCCAUUCUCGUGAUGUACUUCAUCAUGCUUUUCUGCAUCACCAUGAAGAGGCAAAUCAAGCAUAUGAUAAAAUACCGAUAUAUACCGUUCACACACGGCAAGAGGAAAUACAAAGGGAAGGAAGACAUGGGGAAGACCUUCGCUAGCUAGAAAUCAAACAGAGCCUGCUGACCAACACCCUGCAUUAUAAUUAAAAGACCGGUUUUGAGCCAUUUUGUAACAAUGCCUCUUUUUCCUUCCAUCCAAAGUCCAGC